UCAGGAGAGAUCAGUGCGAGAGAGUGUGGCAGAAGAUGUCUGCGGAGGGAAGGGAUGCGUCACUGGAUUAGUGCCUGAGAAUCUGUCCCAGCCUCUUCUUUCUCCUGAGCUGCUGAGACGCCACCAGAAGGGCAAGACACUCACUACUCGCUUUACCUCCACCUAGCCUUCCACAUGAGCCAGCCAAGCCUUAGCUCCCCACCAGGAUGAAGAAAGAAAAGAAAACGCAUGCUUUGCUGUUCCUCCUCCUGCUUCAUUUUACCUCAGCACGGAAAUCAGACUAUGCACCAUAUUUUUAUGACAAUGGACCCAGCAGUACAGAUGGGAACAUGGCCUUGUUCAGCAUCUCUGAGGAUACACCAGUUGGGACGCAGGUUUACAUUCUGAAUGGAACAGACCCAGAAGGAGAUCCAGUACGAUUUGACCUGACUUUUGAAAAGGGCUCCAAAGAAUAUUUAAGUGUGGACCCCAAGUCAGGAAAUGUCACCUUGAUUCAGGAGCUUGACAGAGAGAAACAAGAUGAGAUCUCAGCGCUUGUGAGCAUAACUGACGGUCGCAAUAAAGUUAUCGAGACAGUGAGAGUGUUUGUUACUGAUUCCAAUGAUGAGCAACCUGAGUUUCAAAACCUGCCUUUCAUCAUUGAUAUUGCAGAGGAUACUGAACCAGGAAGUAGUAUCUACAGAGUCCAAGCAGUUGAUAAAGACAUGGGCUCAGGAGGCAGCGUCUCAUAUUAUCUACAGGCAGUCAGCCAAUUUACCAUUGAUGGCAACAGCGGUAUCCUCAGAGUCAAACCUGGUGAGACUUUGGACUACGAGACCACACCAGCACACUUUGUGACGGUGGUUGCAAAGGAUGGAGGAGGAAAGUACAAGGGGAAGCACCAGGUGUUGACCUCCACAGCCACCAUUACAAUCAAUGUGAUUGAUGCUCAAGACAUGCCUCCAUCCUUCAUAGGAACUCCUUACUUUGGCUACGUCUACGAAGUCUCCCUCCCAGGUUCUGAAAUAUUCACUGUUUAUGCUAAAGAUGGAGAUCAAGGCAAUCCUAACUCCAUACAUUACUCUGUGAUGAAUGGUAGUGAUGGUGUCUUUGACAUAAACAGCACCAGUGGAUGUAUCACCCUGUCAACUUAUCCAUCUAUGCUGAAGAACGAAUUAUAUGAAAUCAAAGUCAAGGCGUCUGAGAUUGGACCGAAUGAUAGCCUGCUGGACUACGACAUCACCACAGUGACAGUCCGCGUUGUUGAUCUCAACAACCAUCCGCCCACUUUUUAUGGAGAGAACGGACCCCAGAGCAAGUUUGAGGUCACCAUGUACGAGCAUCCUCCUGCUGGGGAGAUCCUGAGAGGGUUCAAGAUCACCGUCAACGACUCAGAUCAGGGUGCAAACGCCAAAUUUAAGCUAAGACUUGUUGGGCCGAGCCGAGUGCUGCGAGUGGUUCCACAGACGGUCCUCAAUGAAGCACAGGUGACCAUCAUUGUAGAAGACACCUCUGGCAUCGACUAUGAAAAAGGAUCAACACUUUCAUACAAGCUGCUGGCCGUGGAGAUCGACACUCCUGAAAGAUUCAGCGCCACAGCCGACAUAUUGAUCAACCUGUUGGACACGAACGACAACAUCCCCAAGUUUACCUCAGAAUAUUACAUCGCCCGGGUCCCAGAGAACUCUCCAGGAGGCUCCAGCGUUGUAUCUGUAACAGCAAUAGACCCAGAUUCAGGGCCUUGGGGUGAAGUCAAAUACACGAUUUAUGGAUCAGGAUCCGAUUUGUUUUCCAUCGACCCAUCAUCAGGCAUCAUCUCCACACAGCCCUGGACCAGCUUGGACGCAGAGCUCAGGUCCAAGUUCAACUUUUACGUCAAGGCUCAAGACUCAGAGGGAAAGUACAGCCUAGCUGAAGUCUUCGUCACUGUCCUCGACAUAAAUGAUCAUCCUCCAGCUUUUGAUGAGGAACUUCUGGAAAAGACAAUGAUCAUUGGUUCGCCUGUAAAAGUAGAGGCAGUGGAUGACGAUGCAGAGUCUCCAAACAACGUCAUCGAGUACUUCAUCAUGAAAGAGGACCCUGAAAAUGCCUUUGAAAUAAACUCUGAUACCGGAGAGAUCCAGCUGAAGCCAUACAUCAAAUCCAUGGAGAUUGUGCAAAACAUCACCAAGCAGAAGGAUGCCAAGUGGUGUCUGGUGAUCCAGGCCAGAGACAGAGGGUCCCCAUCCUUCAGUACAACAGCUAUGGUCAACAUAGAUAUCACCGAGGCGACUCCUCUCAAGGGGCCUAUGGCGGCCUUUUUAAUGAAAAGUAGGGACAAUCCUAUGAAAGCUCUAGGCAUGGUUGUUGUGAUUAUUAGCUUAAUGGUAGGGGUGACUGUGUUGAUCUCUACGGCCUUGUACAUGCGCAACUCAAAGUCAAACAGGAUCAUACCGGUGCGUCGCAUCAUCAAGAGGCGACCCAGGGAGCAUCAACCCUGGACCUCUAAGAUGCCCAUUAUCAGAUUCUACAACCCUGCAGAGAAGUUCCUCAUUAGCGACGCAGAGAGCAACCUGCAGAGGGACUUCAGCAGCCCUGGGGCGAGGCCUCCACCUCCCAGCGCUCCCUCUCUGCCACCUCCACCUCCUUCUAACACACGUCCCAGUGACAGACCCUGGGCGGUACCAACUAUAUCUGGUGCUCUGGCCUCCAAAGGAUCCAAAAAAACGAAAACUAGUUGCCGCAAAGAGGGUAACAUGAGCUCUGCUUUAGUGUCAGAGCUGAAAAUGAAGCUGGAGCAGAAAAUCCAUGAAAGCAACAAAGGUUAUUAUUAAUCUGUCACACAAAAGUCGAGUUUUGGGGACUCCUCUCACCUGAAGUUCAGAUGUUGAUCUGGUGGAGGGUCAGAUGGUUAUAACAGGAAUGUGUGCAGAUAUUUACAGAAUCAUGCAAAACUAUUAACCCUGUUUAACUUUUCCAUAUCAUGUCACAACUGCACAUAAAAAUGAUUUAAAUGGGAUUGCAUGUGUCAGCCACAUGGACACAAAAUAAUGUACAAAUUUUAAUUUGUUUAAUCUGUGAAACUCCCUACUAAGAUCGAGUGCAAACAACUGCCUUCAGGUGAACUUGUGCAGCUAGAUUUCAGCUUCUUUGACAGCUCAUGUCUAUUAUUCAAAAGAUAAAAAGCCCAAAUAAGUCACUUUUAGUCUUAGAUUUUUUACACAGAGAAAUGUGGAAAGGUGAAAUACUUCUGCAUGGCAUCGUAUGUCUUCAAACCAGAUAUUAAAUAUGCACGCUUCACUGCUUCCGCUGGUGGUUGGGUGAAGAAACGAGAGAGCCUGGGUCACUGAUAUAGUCAAAGAUAAACCACCACACUGCCAUCUUGAGGAAGAUUACAUCAUCUUAACAGUAAGAAGCUACUCUGUAAAUUCCCUGAGGAGAGGAUUACUAAGACUUAGUGUGUAUAGACCUAAGUUACAUAACUUCCUGAAAAGUGUAAAUAUCACAACCUUGUAUUGUUUUCAACAGAGCUAUAUCAGGAGCAUGCAGCUGAAUGACACGGUGAUGAAAAAAUACAACUCAGCUUGUUCGAAAGUGCUAAAGAACUAGUGUAUGUGUUUUUACUGUGUUACAUCAGCCGCUUGAAAGCUGACGAGUUGCUCUUUUGUAUGAUUACAAUGUGCCACGUUUGGUUUUCACAGUAAAAACAAGAUGAAAUUAGAUUUAUUUAAAUGUCUAGAGAAAAGCUUUUGUGUAAAUAACAUUGGUCCACUUUAAAUGUACAGUAUGGAAUCAUUUAUUAUUUGCAAUGUACAUAUACGACGAGAUAUGAGCUUUCCACAGAAGUAACUUACAGCAGUGAAAAACAUGAAACAAGAAAAACCAUGUAACUCCACUAGUUGGAAUUAGAUGGUACAUUUAGUCUUGAGUUUUUGAAGCACAGAUCAAUAUGAUGUUUAUAAGUAUCUGAAACCUGCUUUGAGAUUUUAUCUGUAGAUAUAGAGUCUGUGUUGAAUAUUUAGAGUCAACACACAGUGUUACCCUUCAAUGCCUUCAACUGUAGGCAAAUGUAACACAAGUCUUGUAUCUGAAUACAUCUUGAUUAUAUCAUUAGAUCAAAUAUAUAUUGUAUCGCUGUUAUAAAUGACACUUGCCUGGUCCUUCAAUAUUUGUACCGUCUUUGUAUUGUCAUGAUUUUGAAUAAAUAUUUGAG